AUGGCGAACCUCAACCAAGGGCUGCCUCAAACCCCAUUCAACCCGUAUGCGGAAGACCCAACAGCCCUUGCCUCCACUGGAGCAUUCUUCCAACAGCAGAACCCCUUCGCGGCUCACACGCAACCACUCCAGUACCACCUGUAUGCUCCACUAGGGCAACAUCGCGAGGGCCUCCUACCAUACCAGAGGCAAACAAAUGAUUUCUUUCUGCCAGAGAAGAUCCGCGAGGAUGCUCAGCGAAAGCUAGAAGCUGCCCAUCAAGUUAUGAACAGGUUCGUGCACUCGCGCUACGUGGCCCAAUACAUGCUGACAGGUUCAGACUUUCGGCUAUCGAACGAGCAAGCCAUUCGUCUCGUCAAGGAGUGGAAGAAAGUCCACAACGGAAGUGUCGUCUCGGUGCACAGCGCAUUCACGACGCGUAAAUUCCAAGACAGCUCCAUCAUCUUUGUCUAUGACUACCAUCCUCUUUCGAAAACGCUGGCUCAGCAUCAUUUCCCGCAACAACAAACCAAUAGAUACAACACAAGGCCGACCGUCACUGAGGAUGUAAUGUGGAGCUACAUCACCCAGCUUGCGAACGCCCUCCAGGCAAUACAUAAACUCAACCUUGCGGCGCGCUGCAUCGACGCUAGCAAAAUAAUCCUGACGGAGAAAAACAGGAUACGACUGAGUGCAUGUUCCAUUCUUGACGUCUUGCAUUACGAAGUCCGGAGACCAUUGGGAGAACUUCAACAAGAGGACUUGACCCAGGUCGGCAGGCUCAUGAUCUCCCUGGCCAGUAACACCCCGGCCAAUUCCAUUACGGCCAACAACGUCAACAUUAUCAUGCAGCAGAUGGGCAAUAUGUUUUCUGAGCCACUCGUCAAUAGUCUGAUGUGGCUUGUCUACCCCAGCCAAAAUGGCGAGACUAAAACUAUCGAGACAUUCCUCUCCAAGAUUUCAAGCCAAAUUAUGGCGAAUUUGGAUAUGAUGCUGCAUCAAAAUGAUGCGCUGACGUCAAACCUGUACUCAGAGAUUGAGAACGGCAGGCUCUUCCGCCUGCUGUGCCGAUUGGGCACCAUUAACGAGCGACAGGAGUUUGACGGAGACCGCCAGUGGUCGGAAAAUGGCGAGCGUUACAUGCUCAAACUGUUCCGAGACUACGUCUUCCACCAGGUCGACGCCAACGGUCAGCCGGUCGUGGAUUUAGGACAUAUCGCUUGGACUAUCAUGAGGGCUGACAGCGCGAUGGCCAACGUGAGCCCGUGUCUGGCUCGUGUGGCUUGGCCGCUGUCUCUCCAAACUGACGUCGGCCCGGUCCCGAGAACAUUCAGGUAG